AAAAAUAAGUGAGCUCUGACAGACCAUGGCCACCAUUAACAGUACCUAAUUUAUGUUUAUUUUUUAUUUUCAAUACAUAAUGAUUAAAUAUUAACAAUUUCCGUUUAAACAAAUACGAUGUAAAUUCAUUCGUUAUGAGUGGGAAAAAACAUGAAGAUAAGCCCUGCACUGAAGAUUUAUGUCCACCCACACGCAACGUUACUCACCCAUUGAGAUACUACGAGUUCACAAAUGAAGAGCUUAAGGCGCUGGAAGAAUGCGACCAAGAGAGUUUCUACCAACGCUGUGUCCCUCUUAGCACACUAUUUGCUACGGCCACAUACGCUGCUGUUAAAUAUGGGGUCCUGAAGCGAAAUCCACAUUUUGGAGCUGUGCCUAAGGUUUUGACGGCGAUAUUGUUGGGUCACAUUUUUGGACGGAUGUCUUACUUGUCAUCAUGUGAACUUAAAUUGAGAGAGCUUCCACCAAACAGCCACUUAGGGAAAGUAAUGCGGAAUUAUUACCAAGAAAGAUAUCCGCCGCCUCCUAAAAAAUGAACUGUAAUUUAUAAUAUUUCACAAUAUCAAUUCCAAUAUAUAUGUUUGUUUUUAAAAGAAACUUGUUUGCAUUGGUUUAUGUUUCCUCACUAGCAAACAACAAACAAAAUUUUCUGUAUUAUUAGGUCCAGAGCAACGUUAACCAGAGAAAGAAAGUUGAUGAUAACCGUGGCAACCAAGUAAACAGAGAGUGCGUUUCUGCGUAACAAAAAUGCGUCUAAGGCCCGGUAUCCAUCAAAGCGACGAGGAGAUGUAUUUUAAUAAUCCAUAAGAUUUCGAUAUUUGCACAUCUCCUGUCCGCUUAUCUUCUUCGGAAAUGGAUCAAUCGAAGAGGACAGGAGAUGUCUCAUUUAUCUAUAGAAUUUUAUGGCGCGACGAAGCGGAGAUACGUGAAGGCGGGCGGGCGUGCCUUUUAUAAUAUUAUAUGAGACUUCUUGUGGAACAUAGGCCUAAGAAGACAUGUCUGGAUGUUCCAUCGACAAAAUUGAUUCAUGAACCACUUUGCUGAUAAUUCUUUUAAAACUAUAAAAACAGGUUUUUAUUUGCACGGAAAAGAUAUUAUGACAAUAAUUGGUGGACUGUUACCUCUUUAAGUGUUAA